AUGCUUGGAGUUGCGGCCUGGCUACCAGAUACAGUGAUCGAGGGUGAUGGGAGCGCGAUCCUAUAUACCGGCGAUAUUCGAAGCGAGCCUUGGUUCGUGAAUAGCCUGUCGCACAACCCCAAUGUAGUUGAAUUUACACAUGGCCUCAAGACUCUCGAUAAAGUAUAUCUCGACACGAGCUUCACCAAGAAUGUGCCAUUCCAAACCAAGGCGGAGGGCAUCGCUGAAUUACUGCGGAAAGUAGCACAGUAUCCCGAGGAUACCAUCUUCCACUUUCAAGCUUGGACAUAUGGAUAUGAAGAUGUCUGGAUCGCUUUGUCCAAGGCACUGAAGUCUCAGAUACAUGUCGACGACUACAAACUGAAAGUAUACAGUUCUUUGCGAGCGAACGAACUCUCCGAGUAUUCCAACCCGAUUUGCCCUGAGGCUCCGGCUCUUGUAGGCUUCAAGUGCGCCAACAAGGCCCAUGCUGGCUGUUUGACGUCUUCGGCCUCGAGCCGCGUGCGACUGCACAGCUGCGAGAAGGGCAAUAUGUGCGAUGCAGCAAAGAGACCCAAUGUUGUACGGAUUGUACCCAUAGUUGCGAACUUAAGCGAUGGGACAGGCCUCGUGGAGAUUGGCGUCGGCGGUGGAGGGGACGACCUUGUCAAGGAGACCGAGAUUGCGCAGGGGGACUGGCCAACAUUUCUCAAGAGGUUUUUGGUCCUGAAGAUCCCUGCAAGGCCGCGCUAA